UGCUUUUCUUUUAAACCUUGGAGCCCCCAGACCCUAAACCCUAAAAAAGAGCACCACUGUAAUUAAAAAACCCCUAGAAUCAGUGGAACCCUAAAAAAUUGCUCGCCCACAGAACAAAGAGGAACAGAGCAAUGGCGUAAGAGCUCCACAUUUGACUGAAUAGAGGAGAAAAGCUGAUUGUAUAGAAAAGCCACAUAUUUUCAUUUUGAACGUUAAAGCCCUCACGAAAACCAGAGGAAACCCAUUAAAGCAUUAGGAAAUCGCACAGCCAGAAACCAGAGAAACACUAUUUUCAGUCAUAGCGUUUUUAAGCUUGUGUUUGCAACUUUGAGUAGAAACCAGAGCUCUUCAAUGGCAUUUACUGGGAGAAUGAAGGAGUUGAUGAAGAAGUAUGGGAAAGUCGCUCUGGGUGUUCAUUUGUCAGUUUCUGCAGCUUCUGUUUCGGGUCUGUACGUCGCCAUUAAGAAUAAUGUCGAUGUCGAGUCCAUGCUUGGAAAGAUAGGGCUCUCCAGUGGCUCGAAUGAGCAAUCAAAGAGCUCAAACGAGCCUAUACAUAGCUCUAAUGAGUUCAUUGAUGGCUUUAAUGAGCACAUCAAUGGCUCAAAAGAGACCAUCAAUGGCUCCAAUGAGCCCAGCAAUGGCUCACGUAACAGGACAGCAGAGCUUGCGGCCUCGAGUGGUGGAGCCUUGGCUCUUGCAAUUCUUUGCAACAAGGCGUUGUUUCCUGUUCGUGUUCCCAUAACCCUAGCCCUGACACCACCGAUCUCAAGAUUCAUUGCUAGGAGGAAGCUAUUCAAAACCCAAGUCUGAGUUUCCUUCUUUCCAGGGUGCCACUAAUCCCGACGUGUGGAGUUAGAGGAAGGCAUCGCUCUGUGAGUGAUAGUAGUGCUGUCAUGCUUGCCAAGGAGGGUAGGCCCAAGGGUAGCAACAAACCCAAAGGCAAAACUAGUGGUGACAUUCCUAAGAGGAAAAAGGAUAUGGAGGUGGAGGGUGUCAAUAGCAAAAUGAGGUGAGGUAAGUGUAUCACUCCAAAUGGAAAACGUUAGCCUUGACCUACUGCGAUUGCAACAUAAAUUGGGCACUUCACUCGUGAAUGCACUAAGCAAAAGGUGGCAUGAACUGUCUACUCCACUGUCUCCGUGAUGCAUGCAUUUGGUGCUGGAUGCUCAUUCACUUUCCAUUAGUUGGAUUAUGGAUUCUUGAGCAUCAAGACGGGUUCAUUCAGCUUCUCUUAUACCAAUGGGAGGUGUAAGCACUUGAUGGGAAUCCACACCACUGAGGAUAUGGUGGAUAUAAGGUCUUUUGGAUCAUUGCUUUGUUUCGGUUUGUCCAUGUUGGUCUAUUAAAUGCUCUAUGCUUCUGACACUAGGAGAAGUCCACUCUUAACUAUCCGGAACCCUCUUCAAUGGGACAUUCAAUUUGUUUCUUAAGGGGAAGGGUUUAGGUGAAACCUUGUGUACAAUUACUUGUUUAUGUGGGUUCCUUUGUAGAUGAAUCAUUAACCAGAGUGAAUUUGCCAAUGUCAGAACCUUUGUUCACUGGACAUAGCCGCUCGAAAAGCUAUCUGUAAGGAACAUAGAUGAAAGAGCUAUUAGAUAUCUUUACCUGGGCAUAUGUAGUCCCUAUGAUGUUAAGGCCCUGCCACAAAUAAUAAUAUGAAUACUCGUGCCAUCAAUGAAUAUACUGAAUCUCA